GUACCAGAUUACGCCUUCACUUUUGAACAAGGAAAGUCUAAAAGGCCAUUUGCAAGAUUAUGGUGGGAUGAGACAGUGGCAACAGUAGUAACUUUCCCCAAUUGUCACAACCAGGCAGCAUUACAUCCAGAGCAGGAUCGAAUUCUCACCAUCCGGGAGUAUGCAAGAUUGCAAGGGUUUCCAGAUUUUUAUAGGUUUUGUGGAAGUGUAAGAGAAAGGUACUGUCAGAUUGGUAAUGCUGUUGCUGUUCCUGUAUCACGAGCCUUGGGAUUUUCCCUUGGGAUGGCCUUUCGCAAGCUGAGCGGAGAUGAACCACUCGUGACCCUACCAUCUAAUUUCUCAUUCCAACCACCACCAGCUGAUGAAAUUGUUGCCUCGGCAAACUGAUGGUAUUUAUCAGUGCUGUGCAUACCUUCCAAUUAUCUCAUGUGACUUAGAGAACAUCUACCUGAUUGUUGACCCAUGUUCCCAUCCUCAAAUUUUGAAACUGCUCAGUUAGAAGUCUAACCUUGUGCCAGGAUCUCCGGGCCAAGGGGAUAGUCUCAUGCAAACAUCAUGAUGGCAGCGUUCAUCUUGAGCCAGGAUCAAACUCU